UUAAAACGGCGAGGAUGUCUGGACAGAGCAUAACGGACCGAAUAACGGCAGCGCAACACAGUGUCACCGGUUCCGCUGUGUCCAAAACGGUGUGCAAGGCGACCACACACGAAGUCAUGGGGCCAAAGAAGAAGCAUUUGGACUAUCUGAUCCAUUGCACAAAUGAGAUGAAUGUGAACAUCCCUCAGCUGGCCGACACGCUGUUCGAGCGCACCACCAACACCAGCUGGGUGGUCGUGUUUAAGUCCCUCAUCACCACACACCACAUUAUGGUCUACGGCAAUGAGAGAUUUGUACAAUAUCUGGCCUCCAGGAACACAUUAUUCAACCUCAGUAAUUUUUUGGACAAAAGCGGGUUACAAGGUAGGUGCUUUCAGCCCAACACUUCAUUAUUCAUUCUAUUUUUCCAAACACAUCCUAGCUGUAAGUACUUUGACAUGAAGAAAGCCCAGUGUAAAGAAGGCCUGGACAUCUAUAAGAAAUUCCUCACUCGAAUGACGAGAAUCUCAGAAUUUCUCAAAGUGGCAGAGCAAGUGGGAAUUGACCGAGGGGACAUACCAGACCUAUCACAGUUUACAGUUUGUGCCCCCAGUAGCCUUCUGGAUGCCCUUGAGCAGCAUUUGGCUUCAUUAGAGGGCAAAAAGGUCAAAGACUCCACGGCCGCCAGCAGAGCCAGUACGCUGUCCAAUGCGGUGUCCUCUUUGGCCAACACGGGUAUCUCUUUCACCAAAGUCGAUGAGAGGGAAAAGCAGGCAGCUCUGGAGGAGGAGCAGGCUCGAUUAAAAGCACUUAAGGAGCAGCGCCUGAAGGAACUGUCCAAGAAGCCCUCCACGACUGCUGCGUCUCCCGUAUCAACAGCAACGGGCACCAUCAGUUCCGCCCCAGCCAUUGACCUGUUCUCCACACCCAGUAGCUUCAAUAACAGUACAGAUCAAAAUGGUCUUUUAGGCCUGCAGCCCGCGUUCCAGCCCUCCCUGCCUCUCUCCACCGGCCUGCCUUUAGCCAACACAUGGGGAGAUCCUUUCACGUCUACAGAGGCUGUUGACGACUCCAUUCCAAACUUAAAUCCUUUCCUUACAAAACCAGAUCCUGUCCAUCUGCCUGUUGUGUCUUCAGAUGCUGUUAGUUUUUCCUCUAGGACACCCAGUCAUGAAAUGUUCGGUGAUAAUUACAAUCCCUUUAUUGAUUCGAGCGGUUCUGUUGCAUCACCCGUCGAGCCCUCUGCUCGGAUGGGCUGCUUCCUCUCAGACUCGUUCUGCUCUCUGGCUGCCUACCCUAACACUCCUCUCUUCCACUCUGAGCCCUCUGCUGUAGCUGGACUAUUCGGAGGGUUCUCUGCACCUCCCGCCGGCCAGCCUCCCAGUUCAACAGGCCUUAAUGUCGACUUUGACUCCGUAUUCGGCAAUAAGUCGGCCGCCAACAGCACAGACUCUGCUGGUAAGACAGAAGUGAACCCAGUUGCUGUAACUCACUGCUUUUCUCCACACACGAUGCUUCACAUCCAUCUCACUGCUGAAGGUCAAUGUGUUUUGGGGAGUCAUUCAUUGGACCAUGCUUAAGCUGACGGAGUGAAACUAGCAUGUGAAAAUGGUUAUACGACCACUUUUCGUUCUUGUAGAAGUUUGCUGUGGUAUUUUUAUAAGAAAAGAGACCAUAAUGAUCUUUUGUGUCGUGAUCUCAAUGCUGCAUUUUUAGAACUUGCUCUUUAAGGGCACAAAUCACACCUCAGGUUUCUCAUUAAACCUUGAGGCAUUAAUUUGCUUGAGUCUUGGUUUCAUUGGAUCUAAUUUAAACCCAUGAUUGGUUUCGACACAAUUAAAG